GGACGUCCGCGGCGCCGAGGAAGGCGGGAUUCGCCGCGACGUCGCCACGCGACGGAAAUAACAUCGUCACAGGGAGCUCCGCGGUACAACAGAGAGAGGAAGAGAGAGAGAGAGAGAGAGAGAGAGAGAAAAAGAAAGAAAGAAGGGGGGAAGGCAGCAGAAAGCGCGAGAAGGAUCGGGAACCGCGAGACGACGACACAACGCGCGAGGAGAGGAGCGCGAAACAUCUGAUCGCUUGACGCGAGAACGCGUGAGUACUAGCGCAGCCGACAGCCUCGCCGGUGAGAACGUCAGUCGGGCGGUCCCUGUAACGUGAGAGGUUAGGUGGUGUGUGAUGUCGAUCGAGGUGCGUCACUUCGACGACGUCGGGAGCGAGCGCUAGAGACGGAGAAACGGAGGAAGAGCAGCACGAUGGUUGCUGACGUCCCGAAUACGAGAGUAUCCGAGGGAAGACCCGUCGUUCGCGACGGUUCGAUGCAAUAAGCGUGCGUGUGUGCGCGCUAUCGCGGCAUGCUGAGUUACCAAAGACUUGUGCGGUGGUAGCCUGUGCUCGCGUCAACUCGUUGAGACGAUACCGAGGUGUCAGGAAAUAAACAGUGUGGAAUGAGUUACAACAAUUUCGGCGGUCGAGGAAGGGGCUACGCAGGAGGCCCGCAGGGUACCCGAGCCGCGCGUCGCUUCGGCCGACCCAGAUUCCCGCGUCCGCCCUUCCAUCAUGUGGCCCCGCCGAGGCAGCCGGGGCAACCCACGUCGUUCGGUGCCUCCUGGCAACCGAACAUGUUUUUCCAGCCGCACCCGCGGGGUAGUCCGCAGAUGCGAGGCGGUCCGCAGAUGCGGGGUGGUCCGCAGAUGCGAGGCAGUCCGCAGUUGCGGGGUGGUCCGCUGUUGCGGAACAGACCGGAUGUUAGAAGAGGCGGUGGUGGGUACUACAACAUGCGAUACCCUAACAGUCCUACCAGACUGCUCCCGGUGGACUGCGAGGCGUCCGCCACUCAGCUGAACGACGAACAAGAUGAAGUUGCGCCGCAACUACCUCUACUCGGUUCCGAAGAAGAGCGACAGCAGAAAAUUACCGAGACGGCGGAUCGACUGAAGCAGAAGCUCUCCUCCCUUAGCAGCGAGGAGACGACGGAUGUCUGGAAGGAGGAUGCGCCGACCGGCGUCGUCGAGGAUGAUGCAGAGAAUAAACGUAUCCCGUUAGUCGGAUACAAAUCAUCUGAGAUCAAUCUGACGUACAAUGAUCUAAAGGACAUUGGAAAAAUAAAUCCUAAUGACGCGAAUAUUGAACUUGAUAACGUGAAUAUGGAACUUAAUAACGCGAAUAUGGAUCUUGAUACUGUGAAUAUGGAGCUUGAUAACGCGAACGUGGAACUUGACACACAGUACACUACAAAUGUAUUUAAUGUUACAAAUAAUAUAAAUAACGAUGUAAUAUUAGGUGAAAACGAAGAUGGACCUCAACUAGAGAUACCCAACGAUCAAGUGACAAAUCUGGAAAAUGUAUCGGAUGAUAAUGAAUAUAUUGAACUGAACAGUUGGGAACUGUCGGCUCAAGAACCAGUCAACAACUAUAAUUUCAUACAGUCAGAUUUACAUGGAGUUAACAAUGUUGAGAGUGAAACGUUAGAAUCAGAUCUUCAGUACAAUACUCCACCAACUAAUAUUUUACAGGAUACACUACAAGAUGACCAGCAACAGGAUGCUUUGCAAGGAAUCGAAAUACUUCCUACAGAGGCUACGAAAGACCCGGACGAAUCUGAAACACCGAAUUUGCAGGUUACCUUAUUUCCAGUUGAUGCAACAGAUCAGGAUACUUCAUGGAAAGACGCAUCGCCAAAUGAAGAGAUACUUUCAACGAAUUUAGAAAUACAGGAAAACGUCUCGAAUGUUUUACAUGCAGAAAGUUCAAACGGUAGUAAUUAUAUGUCGACACAACCAGUCCUAGCUGAUGUGCCGGUAAAUAAUAUCAUGUUAGAUAGCCAACUGCCACAGAUGAAGGAGAACACUUUUCAUAGCGGUCCACCAACACUUUCGCCGCAUAUCGAGCAGGAGAAAUUGCCCGUUGAUUUCGACCCUACUACUCCACCGCCGAUAUUAUUAAAACAAGAUCAAUCACGUAUCUUGCCUCUGUAUCCAGUACCGUCUGAUUUACCACCGUUAUUCAAUCCUUCGGAACCACCGCCAAAUAUGCAAUGUUUGCUUGGAUCCCAUGAAGACGCAAAUCCUCCAUGGAGUAAUGCUCAAAAUCCGAUACCUCCCACUUAUAACAACAUAGAAGUUCAUAUGGGUUUAAAUACAUGCGGAGGAUUUAUACCUCCACAGUUACCACUAGAAAUAGCCAGUCCAGGUAACGUUUUUAUGCCACCUCCUAUUGAGCCAGUAAAUUUUUGCCCGGUAUUUCCUAUGCCGGCAACCGGACAUUCCGACAUCAAUGCAUAUGUUCCACCAGAAUUGCCUCCAAUGCAUGCGGCGCCUCCUAAUACUUACGUAUCUUCAUCUUCCCUACCGAAACUCUCUCUGCCUUCUAAUUUACAUUGCAGUGAGAACAAAGACGAUGGUUUGGAUGACAUGCAGGAAGCUUUGAAAUUUGCAAAGGAAAUGGCAAGUAUAACGGGAAAGUCGGACGAGGAAUCCAAGACAAGUUCCAAAUCUCUUUCCGAAACUAGUACUUCAAUUAAUCCUAUUAGUUCUGUAGAGUCUAUAGCUUUACCUCCAGGGAAACCGAAAGCCAAAACUAACAAGCUAAAAAGACCAAGCAAAGAUGACAGCAAGAAAAAAACAGUAUCUGAGGAACCAAGUGCGGUUAACCGUCUGUCAACAGAGGAACCGAUACAGGAUGUAAAUGUGAGAUCCAAGGAUGUCGUAUUGCAGGAACAAGAUCGUCCUAAAGUAGCAUUUAAUUUGAAUAACAAAACGAAAAUAGUAAAUACUAAAGCAGCAUGGAACGAGAAUAAUGAGAAAAAGAAUGGAAUGACGCAAUUUGUGGAAUCGGAAAAAACACACGCAGCAUAUUCGAAAACUAAAAAUUUGGAAGAUACAAUGAGACGUAGUAAAGAAGAAAGGAAAACUUCGAAGAGACAUGAAAAUAAUUUUGAAAAUGUAGCAUUAUCUGAACCGAUUACGAAUCAAGAUACUGCAUUGCCUCGUAAAAAGUCACAGAGGGACGUCAAUACAGAAAAAUCUCAACACUCUAGCAUUUCACUUCAUCCGAAAGUCAACGUGCAAAAGUCAAGGAGUCGUGUAGAAAAGAACGAGAAUUCUGACAUGGAGACUAUGUGGAAGAACAAGAUUAUCAGCCGAUUCUUAAAAAUGAGUCAGAACGAUAUUUUCAACAUGGUGAAUAAUACUAGUCUUCGGAAAUUUGAUAUUAUAAUGAAGCGUCUAGUCAAAGAGAAGAAACAUACGUUAUCCUUGGAGAUGAGGCAUGCGCAGGACGAAAAGAUGAAAUUGUACGACCAACAGGAAUUUAUGAAGCAAUUGAACGCGAUGUUGGACAAUACUACUGUGUCCGUUCAAGAUCUGCCUUCGGAGUUUAUUCAUCAUUUAAACGAGGUAUUGCAAUUAGAUGUGCAGCCAGACAUUCAGGCCGAGCCCGCAAUAGCUUCGAGUAGUAGUCAAUUGGAAGAUGCCCAUUUCGCAUCGGAAGAAGCGGCCCACUUGUUCAGUCCCAUAUCUGACACAGAGUACGCGGAUCAAAUAAUAAAUGAAGUUAGUCAGGAAAGCAAAAGCCAAAGUCAGGAAUAUGUAAAACCCAGAAGUCGCACAACGAGAACGGCGUAUAAAAAGGAUGUGCCAACAUAUAAUACUAGCAUUAACGAUUUUAGUUUGAGAGAUGAUAAUUGUAAUACUGUUGCAACUGACGCUUCAAAUGUUAGCCGUGACUUGUUAGUAGUAUCUCUACAACAUGAUUUAGAUAAUAUAUUUUCAGAAGUGAGAAAAAAAAAUCAAAAACCUGCAAUAGCAAAGGAACGUAAGCGUGCCAGUAUGGGACAGCAAAACGUAAAGAGAUUUGACGUCGAUAUUUCGAGAAUCGUAGAGAACGAAGCAGUUUUUGAAGAUGAUAGAGCAUACAGGAUGGAGAAUUACUCGUAUUGGGACGAGAGAUGCGAUAGAUGGAAGAGAAAGGAACGGGAAGAUCCGUAUGCGUACAGAAAUCUUACCAAAGAAGAAUGGGAAGCAAGAUACGGAACGCAGGCAAAUGUAGCACCUUCUGUUAAUAUAAAACCGACACCAUCUGUUAAUGUAAGACUAACGCCUUCUGUUAGUACAAAAAGAAUCGAUGUUAACAACAGGAGAUUAAGAGGACGUGGUAAAAAAUGUUAUCCGCGACGUCGUCAUUCAUCUGAAUCUUCGAAACAUCCGCCAAACACGAGACACAGAACAUUGGAAAAAGAUAAACAUAAAAAAUCUAGACGACAUAGCGACGAUAGAAGACAUAGUACAGAAUAUCUAGAACAGAAUAUUAAUCCCGAUAGUAACACUAGUAGCAGUAGCACCAGCAGUAGUAGUAGCAGUAGCACCACAAGUAGCACUAGCAGUAGCGAUAAUACAAACGUUACAAAACUGUUGAGGGUGAUAAAAGAGAAUGAAAAGGUUGCCAAGAAGAUGACAUUGAACGAAGCGAUAAGAGACGAGGUGAAUGCCGAGAUUGAGCGAGAGCGAAAAUCAAAGAAGUCGCGAAAAAAUCAUAAAAGCUCCAAGAGUCGAAAGCACAGAAAAGCACAUAAGAAAAAGAAGAGGCACAGCAAGAAAUCGAUGAGCUCCUCUGAUUCUUUCUCGGAGAGAGAUGAAGAUGAAGAAGAUGGUGAAGAAACGACCGAUAGAUUGUUGAUGGAACACGAAAUUAAGAAGGAAAUAGAAAAUCAGAUCACACAGGAAGUGAUUGUCAAAGAGGAAUUGGACAUUGGCCAAGAAGAGACUAUCGGAAACGCUGAAUUAGCAGAUGCUUCGAAUGUUAUGAUCGCGAGAUUCGAAGAAAAUAAGACGGUAAAUUCGCUCCCCACAUCGAGUAGACUAUCAGAAUCUCCUUCAACACAAGAACUUCCACUGUUAACUGUCAAUGCUACGCAACUAUAUGUUGAAGAUAGACUGCCGACGGCUUCUCCGACGCAGCUAAAGACCAAGGCGCAGCUAAAGCAGAUGCCGGAAGCAUCCGAUAUGAAUGAUAAAGUUUCCUCGAAUGUAUUGACUUGCAUACCGGAAGAUUGUCGUAAGCUUAAUCCGAAUAUCUCUGAAUGCUCGGAGAACUUGAACGAGCCUUGUCAAAAACUCGACGCCGGCUGUAGCCAAAAUAAAGCUGUUUUGUCGACAAACGACAAUUGUGCCAAUCAACAAACUAAAACGAACAAGGAUGCCGGGCUAGUAUCGUGCGACGAAACUAAUAAGAAUACAAUGCCGCAACAAUCGGACGCACCGGCAUGCAAUUCUGCCGAAACGACUCUCAAAGACGGUAAUGAAACUUCAGCUGAUAAAGAUAUAUCGAAAGUAUCAGCGACAGCUGAUACGUCAGCAUCGUCGGCAUCGAGUAUUCCGCCUGUGAGCACUACAACUCCGAAGCAGGGUACCAGUAAAAAGAUCGACAUAAAGACGUACUACGAGCGCACGAAAGAACGUCGCAAGAGCGAGAAAUUAGAAUCGAAGAAGCCCGCAGAAAAUCCCACAAAAUUGAUGCAGAAUUUACCUGCACCGAAAACUACAGAGCCAGAAAUUGCAGUGAGCAAACCUGCAUUAUCCUUGAUACCUACAUACAGCGGUUCUAUACAAGAUCCACGAAUUGCAGCAAGAUUGGCGAACGCCAAUAUUAAAAACGCAACAAGUAGUAAAAUCGAUAUUACGCAGACAGCAACGGGAAAGAACGUUCAGCAAAAAGAAAAGCGGAUGACGAAGGAAUCUACGAUCGCUGAAGUAGCGCCGAGAAGCUCUGAAGAAAAUUCAAAUCGCAUCGUCAAGAGCGAUAGCGUCGUUGAAAAAGUUAAUCAGGAUAAAUCAAAGGAAUCUACAAUCGCCGAAUUAGCGCCGAAACGUCCUAAAGAAAAUUCAAAUCGUAUCGUUAAGAGCGAUGGCGUCGUUGAAAAAGUUAAUCAGGAUAAAUCAAAAAGUAAAACGUCGCUCGGCAGUAAAGGUAUCAACAUAUUAUCCAACGUUGUUAUAAAACCAGCUGAUAAUACAACGUCGAAAUCCAAGAGAGCGAUUAAAGAUGAUGCAACAGAUAAAUCACAGAGUCAAGUUUCAUCUGAUCCUAAGCGAUUCAAAAACAUUCGAUCGGAAGGUAGCAAGGAGUUGAAGUUAAAGAAGGAAAUGGCGAAGGAACAGAAGGCGAAAAAGAAAUCUGCGGCAACGCCCGCUAAUUUGGCUUCGACAAAAGUAUAUUUUCCUUCGAAAGAGGUGACAAAGACAGAAAAAAUGCCGCAAGAAAAGAAGAUCAGUAAUAUCAGCGAUGCAAACAAAAUCGAAAUUGAACGGACGCAAUCGACAAGUUCUCGCGAAAAUAAGGUAAAUAAUAAUAAUAACGCGAAGACGGAAUCGGCAACAGUUUCCUCAGGAAACGCUGAUAACGAGUUAACGCAUAUCGAGAAGACGAAACUUGCGAAUUUAGAAAUAAAUGAGCGUGGAAACGCUGAAAAAACUACGAGCAAUGUAGAAAGCGGCGAUGCGCGUGAGCAUUCGUCAAAGACGAUGCGAAAAGAAAAAACACAUGGCAUAAAACGUACGAAGAACACGGAUAAAAAGAGUCAAAGUGCGCGAGAAAUUUGUAAAGUCGCUCCGGAGCUCGAUGUACCGACAUCUUCCGAAAGUGUCCCGCAUGUUCCUGAAAUUUCAGAUAAAGAUGAAAAAAUGAAUAAAGAAGAUCUAUCUACAUCCACUGAGAUUCGGCAAUUUGACACGAAAAAUACGGAGCUUCCGCCGAAUUAUGCGGACGAAAUUGAAAAAUCAAGCGUUGAAAAUGAAAUGGAAAGUUCACUCAAGCGUGAUACAAACGAAUUUGAUGUGACGGCGUCUCGAUUAGUCAGCGUCGAUAAAGAAAGUAAGGAGGAUAAUCUCUUAAUAAAUAGUAAUAUCGAAACCGAUAACAUUAAAGAAAAUAAAGUCGAAUUAGAUGUGCCGAGUGAUAAAUCCGCGAAUGAGAACGCCUCUUCGCCGGCUGCGAAAACCACCGAGCCGACUUCGGUUUCAAAUGAAAAUUCGCUGGAGCAGCAGGGUGCGGGAAACAUCGUUUGUUCUCCCGAGAGCACGGGUAGUCCGUUCAAGGGCUUUCUUCAGGAGAGCAUGAUGGAUUUCGAACAAUCUAAUCUGUUCAAUCUCGACGAGAUAGACGACAAUAAGAAGAGCAAGAUAUUCUUAAACGAAUGUAACGUGAAUUAUGUUAGCGCUGACAAAAAUACCGCUGAUAAGAUCGUAGAACGACAGGAUUACGAAACGCUCGAUUCCGGUACCGAUUACGCUAAUGGUACGAAUAUCAGCGUCAGUGAGAAUUUUAACAUCGCUUUCCGUGACACCCUACUUGCUUCAGAUAAGGAAUGCACGACGAGCGAGAAGAGCGAUAAGUCCGACUCGAUACCCGUGGAUGAAUGUAGAGAGCGUCAUGUAACAAAAGCCUCUAGCGAGAUAACGAGCACGUUGCACGAUGAGGAUAACGGUAUUAACAUUGAUGGGGGCAGCGAAACGGAAAGGCAGUUGCUAAGCAAGGAGGGACGCUAUGCCACGUGCUUGGCAAUGAAAGAGUCGAUGUUUAUUAACGAGGAAGAGAUUAUUCAGAGUGACGCGCGCUCGAAAGAUCUGACGAGCAAGCUCAAAACCACGACCGAUCCCAGUCUGUCCGACGCGUUGGAGGCGAACUCGGACGACGCGUUGCGCCUGCCGGAGAGUCAGAGUGUAGAACACCUCGUGGACCUGGAAACGAACAUAUGCGCGGAAAAGGCGCCCUGCGACAAACUGCCAGGCUUCGAUUCCGACGAGCAUCUGGACAACGAUAUAUUCUAUCUCGACGAUCGUCUACAAAGCACUGCCACGUUCGAUAACAAGGACGACGAGUCCGACGUGCACUUCCCUGUCGAACAGCAGAUCGCACAGUACGACAUCACACCGGAAACAGCGAUGAUCGUGCCCUGCGCAGAUCUAUCACGUGGCGAGCCGUCGAGAGCGCCGGAGUGCGCAUACAACAUGAAACAGCAGCCGCAACACAUUUCGGCGGGAACCGGCGCUGGCGGCGACGUCGACGAUUUGCUCGCGGGAAUGUCGACGGAACGAUCGCCGUCCGACAUGCCGAGAACGUUGAAUAUCCCGACGAAGGCCGCCCUGAAGGAGGCUGCGACGAGUCUCUUUCUGAAAUCGGUGAGUAACGUGUCGACGGCGAUCGGUAAGGAAGCAUCGUUCGAAGUGUUAGAAAAGACGCAGCACAUCGAGGCGGAUUCGAAUUAUCAAAUCGUGGCUUACCGCGUAGAACAAAACAGUGUGAAAAAACGGCCGUCUCAAGAGGCUCGAAACAAUGCGACCCCCGCUACCGUCGCGCAGGACGUCGAGAACGUAAACAUGAUCACGUCGACGCCAAAGAACGCGUGCGACGGGCCGUCUCGUAAAGUUGCUGAACGCGAGCACAAGCCACCAGCGGUGCCUUCUUUGAUCAAUAUCAAAAACCUGUGCGGCGGUGUGCAACGUAAUCCAGUUGUGGAACUGAGGAAGAUGAAAGAGCUGGAUGAACUGCUGGAAAAGAAGGGUCUGUCGACAUCUCAAAACACUUCUGAGAAGGUGACGGAAAGUGUUUACGAAGAUCCAAAGAAACGUAACGGGACGAUUUUGCACAAGCUGAAAGAUCAGCGGCGUAUGAAGUACAAGAGAGCGUCGAGAAGAAAUAGUUUGACGAAGAGACUCAAGAAGAUGAAACGAACCGAACGAAGGUCGUUCGCCGCCGGUCUCACGCGAGAAGCCGUUCUGACUAGAAUGAUGGAAAUCGAUAUCGAGAUGCACAAACUGGCGUCGGAGAAGCUCAAGUUGCACGAGAUGUUGCAGAAUAAUUUUCCGACGGAAAAUUCUAUGGCGACUAGCGGCACGAUACCGACAACGACAGAGGACGCUACCGUUUCCGGUCAGUCCGUAACACCGUCGGCGUUAACGUCUCCGACAUUGGUGCAGAACAAUGAGGUAAACCGCGCUAAGCACUCACCUUCGUCGAAAUCGUCGCCGAGAAAGAGAGUCUUGCCUCGCGAUUCGGAGGACGAUGAGGUUGUACGAGAUAUAGGUUAUACGAGAUCGAAAACGCCGGUAAUCAGGUGGAAGAAGAAGCCGCGGCUGAAUGAGGUAGUCAGACAGGAGAAAGACGAAGGGAGGGAGGUCCUCGACGAGAAGACGGAACGGCAGACCUCAACAUCUCCCGAUAAAAAGGUAGAAAACUGCUCGACUGAUGUAAUUGAAGAUAUAGUUCGGCAACCCGAGUCGACCGCUGCGAUAGACGAUAAGGCGCGAGAGGAGGAAGCCAUUGGUAAGCCAAACGAGGAGAUUGCUCGUGAUAUCGAUUCGAGCCAUGCUGCGAUCUGCUCGGAUAAAAGUGCAGCGGACAAGGGCGUGGAUGAUCGUCCGGAAUGGCGAGAUUUUGCUCAAGGCGAGACGGACCGUACGAAACGAUCUCUUGAUUUCGAUGAGCAAAACGAUGAACCGCCGAGGGAAACGGCGAGGACAAAUUCUCAGCCGUCGAACAGGCAAGUGCAUGACACACCGAAAUCAUCAAAUAUAUAUUCUGACGACGGCACGUGGGAUUCCCCGAAGCAAAAUACCGCAUCGGAGACGCACGAGAAAGCAACGGAGAAAGCAACGGGUCUCGCCUUGCUGGACGAGUCUCUUAAGAAGGAACAGGCCAAGUCGCGGAAAAUGAAAGCGAUCGUGCGCAAGAAAAAGAAGCAGCAGCUAGACAACUUCCUGAAGUCGGUCAACAAUCUGACGACGGAGGAGGAGGAGCUGCCUUUGACGAAAUUGUACAUCACGAAGCUGCAGCAAAAGCGAGACUUGCUCGACUCGCUCAGCCAGAAGAAGGAAAACGUAGAAGUCGUCACUUCGAACGACCUUCAGAACGUGGCCAUGACGGAGGACAAGGUGGACGAUCCUUACGAACCGCAAUUGGAAACGCGAGCUCCCGAUAACGCUCCAGCAACGUCCGGUGCCUCUCCUAUACUUCAAUCCGACAAGCAUCAAUUUUACGUUGACGCUGAAGCAAACGCCAAUUCGGAUUGGCCAUGUCGAGAAAAGGAAAACCCAGAAGAGAUAACGGUGCAGCAGAACAGUAACGACGUAUCUGCCGAUGGAUCGAAUCACGUUUUUAAAGCUGUGACUCAGGACAAAGUACCCUUCUACGAGGAACGUAACGUGGAACCUGAUAGUAGCAUCACCCCUGAAGAAACUCUAUUGGAGAGCCAUUCUUUAGACCCUGAGCACGACCAUUCGAAGGAUUCCAACAAUGUCACGUCACACUUUGAUAUUAAAGUAUCUGUGCCUAAAGUUUUAACAAAAGAUGAUCUUAGCCCGAGUCUGUUGCAGAAAUCGAAUGAUACAGAGGGUGGUGUCGUGGGCACUGGUCUGGUUGAUUCUACGACUAAUGCAUUUUCAGUUAAUUCUGAGAGAUUGGAGGAUAAGGAUAAGAGUUCGCAAAAUACUUCACAAGUCGUGGAGGAAGUCGAGAAGGAUGAGAAAGACGAAAUUAAAGAUAAAGACGCGAUGGACGCAAACGAAGGAGAGGAGACGAUCGAUAGCGCAAGUAAUGCACCAUCUGCGCCGCAAUCUACCAUUGCCAAGUCCGGAUCUUCCGCUGUUACUGAGAACGAGGAAUCAGGUGACAGCAUUGUAUCCAACCAGUCUGCUAAGGCAAUAGUAAAAAAUAUAGCGCAUGAUUCCGAUUCUACUUUAGAAAAGACGGAUCUGAUACAGAAAAAAUCGAAUGCUGAAUCCGAGCAGCCCUCGAAUGACGCGAUUGAUUUGAAACAAGAUAGUCAAAGCGUAAAUAACGUGGUCGUCACAGAAGAUAAAAGUGAUAUCGAAAACAAGUCACAUACAUUUGAGAAAAUCCUGGAUAAUGAGCAAAGCACCAGUAGUUCCGCUCCGGCUAAUCUAGAGAACGAAAGAUCGGAAGAAUCCAACGAAGCGUUUAUCGAACAGCCCAGUCUGGAAGGCGCUUCUACCUUCUCGUUUGAUAAGACAACUGCGAAGGGCGGAGAAACGAGCAAGAAACUUCGUCCUAAAUACACCAGCUCAGCGCCGGUUCGGAGAAGCACCAGAAACUCCAAUGAAAACGUUAAGUCUAGUAAAAUAAAUGAAGUCGAUGUUAAUUCGAGCAACAGUGAACGCUCUUCACGAGAAGCGAGCAUUGUUCACGAAAGAGAAUUAAUAACGCGAAGCAGAAGCAAAUCCCCUUUGCCGGCAACACGCGAAAUUGCAAACAUUAAGAAGAUUCGCGUUGCACAAAAAACGAAAAAUACAAGUAACCAAAAGGUUGAUGCUGAAUCUGAAACAAAGAUCGAAGAUGUAGUUAAACGCCUCGAAAAGACUGUAGACUCCACAAUGUCGAAUAAGAUUACAAGAAAGAGAAAACGACACACACAAUGGCAAAUGAAAAACUGCAAAGUGAGAUUAGUCGAUUGUAAAUCUGUUGUUUUUAAAUAUAUUGGAUCCAAGGUUGUGAGCAGCCUUGGAGUAGUUGCCAACAAUCCUUGUGCACCGAGUGAUGACAUGCGUGCCACAUAUAAUCAAAAUGUGGCAAUAAUUCCUAAUGCACAUUUGAAUAAAAGUUUUCUAGUAGAUAUGUCCUUUGAUGAAAAACAACCCGAGGUUAAAGUUCUAGAAGAGAAGGUGUUCAAGGAAAGUAGCAACAAAGAUCUCGCUCAAGAAUCUGCUUCACAUGUAGCAGAAAUUGACAAAUUGACGGAGAUGCGGUACACGGUUCACAAAGGCCCUAUUUUAGACAUCAAGGUUUUUGGGAACUCUUUCCUAGCAGCAAGCGAAGACGGUAAAAUAUACAGAUAUAGUCAGAUGUCUAAUGGAAUAUUGAAUAUCUAUAAAGGUCACAAAGCUGCAGUUACGUGUCUGUAUAUUUACAAGUCGGAUAUUGCGGGAAUUAACAAAGAUCUUAUGUUUUCUGGUUCCUUGGAUGGCACCUUACGUUGUUAUGAUAUAAUGACUGGAGCAGUGAUAAUUGAUCCGGUAACAAUAAACAGUCCGAUACUGUGCAUGGAUCAAUCAUGGGGGUUGGUUUUUAUGGGAACUAAAUCUGGCCUUAUCUCGCGUUUCCAUAUCAAGGCUAGUGCAAUUAAAGGAGAGAAUACUCAGGUUUCGGAUAAAUCUGUAUUUGCGCUUAAAGCAACGAAUGAAGGCCCUCGAAAAAUCCUUAUUGUAGCAAGUCGAAAUCAGCCGAUAUCUAUACGCGAUGCACACACUGGUUUGUUUCUUCGUACGAUUAGUGGUCAGACGGAUCUUACGGUUUACAGUUUAUUACUUCAUAAUAAUUUACUCUAUUGUGGUACAAAGAGCACAUCCAUAAACGUUUUCGAUUUUACGACGGGUGAACAAGUAGUUAAAUAUCAUGCUGGUCAGGGUACUGUAUGUAUGCGGCUUUAUAAGCAACUACUCUUUGCAGGCUGUUACAACGGGUUUAUUUAUGUUUUUGAUACAAAGACUCAAAAAUUAGUGUGUAGCAUACAUGGUCCAGGGAAUAAAAUGGUAUUAAGUAUAGAGGUUGUAAAUAAUAAGAUUAUAGCAGGAAGUAAAGACAAGCCUUUGCUUAUGUGGCAAAUGCCGACCCAAGUGCGUGCCUUACUUUAAACAAUGUCGUAGCACGCUCAGGAAAUUCUCUAUUUCAAAAAUAAUUGGAAAAGCAGCUGAUAAAUUAAUGACACAGCGAUUGAAUAAUAUUAUAUAAAUGUGUGAAGCAAGAAACUUAUAAACCGAAAUUAUAACUUAAAAAUAUAUGCUUGCAUAUUUUCUAACUUUUUCACUAUAAAUAGCAUCAAGUCAUCAUUACAUUUUCUGUGAGUGCAAAUCAUCUUUAUUUAUAUCAUAUAUAUAUAUAAUAAUUGCUUAUUAUAAAGCAACAAGAUGCUAAGUAAAAUAAUUAUAAUUACAGCUACAUAUUGUGCAACAGUAUGUAAAAACUAUUUAUAGUGAGAAAGCAUCGACACCAAAAUUAUUCGUUAUUGAUUAUAUGAAAGAUUACAUAUCUGUAAUAUGUGUAAAGUGUAUAUUUGUAAAGAUUUUAAACUGAAAUAAUGCAAUAAUGGAAAUUAUUUUAUGCAUGCUUUGCACACAUGAAAUGAUUAAGAAAAUUUUCGUAACUUUGUAAUCAAUCGAAAAUGUAACAUUAAUACACGCGUGAAAACAAAUUUUAUGUCAACACACGUCAACAAAUUAAUGAGCUGUUUAAGAAUUGAGACUGGUAUACUCAUCAUUGAGAAUUCAUGCAGAAUACAUGCCAUUCAACAGUUUAUAUAAAACUCUUGGUUAAACAAUACUUUGUUCCUUGUUGGCGUUUCGCGAAGAUUUGUUGCUCUGUUGCCUGUUCCUAAAAAGCCUAUAUGUCCUUAAAAAGAUCUUGUUUAUAUUAAUGACAAUCACGCUUCAUUUACAAUUUACUUUGCGUUUUAAUAGAAACAAAUACACUUUAUCAUCCUUUAAUUUCUAUUUUAUUGCAAUAGACGUUAGCUAAUGUAAAUAAGAAAUUGUACCAAAAUAUAUGUAAUGAGCCAUUUAUAAUCUAAUCAGAAAAUCAAUGUGAAAUUAAAGAAUAGAUAAUGUAUAUGUUUGUGUUAUGUAAAAAGGGAUGGGGGGGGGGCAAAUAAGAGAACGUUACAUUUAAUAAAUUCUAAACUUGUAGGCUGAUACGUUUACAAUUUACUACUAUAAUAAACACAUGAUUACUGUAUUUAUUAUUACAUAUGUAAGUCUUAUUGUACAUUUAUUAUGUAUGCAAUAUUGAUAUUUACUAUAUGCUAGUUAUAAAAAA